GUCGCUGAGCAGCUCGCUCUCCAUGUGACUUCAGUUUCCGUCUGUUCCUUCCGCAAGUGCUAAAAUAAUCUGAUGCCCCAGAGAAAGGAGGCAGCCCAGCCCCGCGUUUGGCUGCUCUCGAGGAGGUCAGAGCCCCUGGAGAGGAUGCGCCCCACGGAGCCGCCUGGGCCUGCGGGAGCCGGCUGCGCUUGAGAUGGAGUUGCUGCCCCUUUGGCUCUGCCUGGGUUUUCACCUCCUGACAGUGGAAUGGAGGAACGGAAGUGGAACGGCCACAGCAGCUGCCCAAGGGGGAUGCAAGUUGGUGGGUGGAACCGCUGACUGCCGAGGGCAGAGCCUUUCCUCCGUGCCCAGCAGCCUCCCGCCCCACUCCCGGAUGCUUAUCCUGGAUGCCAACCCUCUCAAGACCCUGCGGAAUCAUUCCCUGCAGCCUUACCCUCUCCUGGAGGGCCUCAGCCUGCACAGCUGCCACCUGGAACGCAUCGGCCGCGGCGCCUUCCAGGAGCAAGGCCACCUGCGCAGCCUGGCCCUGGCUGACAACUGCCUCUCAAAGAACUACAAGGAGACGGCAGCUGCUCUCCACACCCUGCCAGGUCUGCAGAGACUGGACUUGUCCGGAAACUCCCUCACAGAGGACAUGGUGGCCCUCAUGCUCCAGAACCUCUCCUCACUCGAGUCUGUGUCCCUGUCAAGGAACAUUGUCAUGAGGCUGGAUGACUCUGUUUUUGAGGGCCUGGAGCACCUCAGGGAGCUGGAUUUGCAGAGGAACUACAUCUUUGAGAUUGAGGGUGGUGCUUUUGACGGCUUGACUGAGCUGAGACACCUCAACCUGGCCUAUAACAACCUCCCCUGCAUUGUGGACUUCGGCCUCACACAGCUGCGGUUUCUUAACAUCAGCUACAACAUCCUGGAGUGGUUCCUGGCGUCCGGGGCAGAGGCUGUCUUUGAGCUGGAGACACUGGACCUGUCUCACAAUCAGCUGCUGUUCUUCCCGCUCCUGCCCCAGUACAGCAAGCUGCAUACCCUCCUGCUGCGGGACAACAACAUGGGCUUCUACAGGGACCUGUACAAUGCCUCAUCCCCGCAGGAGAUGGUGGCCCAGUUCCUCCUUGUGGAUGGCAACGUGACCAACAUCACCACUGUCAACCUCUGGGAAGAGUUUUCCUCUAGCGACCUCUCAGAUCUCCGCUUCCUGGACAUGAGCCAGAACCAGUUCCAGUACCUGCCAGACGGCUUCCUGAAGAAAAUGCCGUCCCUUUCCCACCUGAACCUAAACCAGAACUGCCUGAUGACACUUCAUAUCCGGGAGCACGAGCCCCCAGGGGCGCUCACGGAGCUGGACCUGAGCCACAACCAGCUGUCGGAGCUGUACUUGGCUCCGGGCCUCACCGGCUGCCUGCAGAGCCUCCGCUUGUUCAACCUGAGCUCCAACCAGCUCCUGGGUGUCCCCUCCGGCCUCCUCGCCAAUGCCAGUAAUAUCACUACACUUGACAUGAGCCACAAUCAGAUCUCACUUUGUCCCCAGCCAGCUUCCUCAGAGGAAGUGGGCCCCCUCAGCUGUGUGGAUUUCAGGAAUAUGGCAUCUUUGAGGAGCCUCUCUCUGGAGGGCUGUGGGCUGGGGGCUUUACCAGACUGCCCGUUCCAGGGGACCUCCCUCACUCACUUAGAUCUGUCCAGCAACUGGGGCGUUCUGAACGGGAGCAUCGCCCCUCUCCAAGACAUUGCCCCCAUGUUGCAGGUCCUUUCUCUCAGGAGUGUGGGCCUCCGUUCCAGCUUUCUGGAGUUGGACUUCUCUGGGUUUGGGAAUCUGAGGGACCUGGAUCUGUCGGGAAAUUCCUUGACCAGCUUCCCGAGGUUCAAGGAUGGCCUGGCCCUGAAGACCCUGGAUCUCCGUAGAAACUCGCUCACAGCCCUUCCCCAGAGGGCCGUGUCUGAGCAGCUCUUGAGAGGUCUGCGGACCAUCUACCUCAGUCAGAAUCCAUAUGACUGCUGUGGGGUGGAGGGCUGGGGGGACCUGCAGCAUCUGCAGUCUGUGGCCGACUGGGCCUCGGUCACGUGCAACCUCUCCUCCAAGGUCAUCCGUGUGAUGGAGCUGCCUGGGGGUGUGCUGUGGGACUGUAAGUGGGAGCGGCUGGACAUGGGCCUGCUCUACCUCGUGCUGAUUCUCCCCAGCUGCCUCACCCUGCUGGUGGCCUGCACCGUCAUCUUCCUCACUUUCAAGAAGCCUCUGCUUCAGGUCAUCAAGAGCCGCUGCCACUGGUCCUCCAUAUACUGACCUGGCUGCAUGCCAAGGUUAGAAAUUUGGUCUGUGCACGUAUGAACACUUUCUUGGCUAGAUUUCGAGAUCUAUGCAGAGGCCAAGUCUGAUGAAUUGAGGUUUAAAUUAAAUUUGAAAUGUUUCCAUCCCUCAGCCACCCCAAGUUCUUCUUCCAUCAUUGUGAGUUCUCCUCAUCAUCCUGGUAAAAUAUUUAUUAAGUGACAGUCUAUGAAAAUAAAAGACAACAUAUCUCAUAAAUAUUUUUUAAAU